GGAUCUCCCUCCUUGCCUAGACCAUGUGGGCCGUCUGCUUCACUGGAAAGAGUUUGUCCUUUACCUGAAAUUGCUGAGAGCACCUCGGAGAAAGGACAGGCGGUGGAGCUGCAGAAGUACCCCCAUGUCUUCCACGUACCUCGUCCUAUCUUGCUCCGAGAUAAACCAAAUCCCUAUAUACAGCUUAGCCAAAGUACUUCUCGCUCCCACUUCUUCCAAUCCACCAGAAAGUUCUUUGAAAUGUGCUUUAGUCAUUCCUCUGGCUACCACCGCUAUCAUGCUGCUGGUAUUAGCCGCAGCUCCAGCAUGCCUCCCUUCUCUACCUCACUGCCCUCUCAGUCUGGGUCAAGGCCUUUGUUUUCUCAUUCUGGAAGCCCCACUCCAUUGCGCCAUGCUCCUCCUUCUUACAACCCCAACAAGGUUCUUAACGACCAACUGAACUCCUGGGACCCAGACUCUGUGGUCUCAAAGUUCUAUGCGGAUCAGGCCAAGUUCUUCAAUGAUCAAAAACUUUUGGUCUCUUUCGAUCGUGAGACCAAGACCUAUCAGCUGUGGAAUGCCCCAUCUUAUGGUUUCCGCAAGUUAUCUAUUGCUUUGCAAAACAGCUUGCUUACCGGUCCCUUGUCACCACGCCAGCAAUGAUCAUCGAGACCUGGAUUUUUGUAAACAGGUGCUUAUUCCCUGCCACGAGUCCAAUCCAAAGGUUUUGGAAGGAGUAA